CACGUGGGUUGGCUACUGUGUCGCAAGCACCCGGAGGUACUCGAAAAGGGCAAAACCAUCGACAUGAGCGACCUGGACAGGGAUCCGCUUAUUAAAUUUCAGCGCCGUUUCUACAUACCAUUGGUGGCACUCAUUUGGGGCGCAUUCCCCACAUUCGUGCCCUACUAUUUGUGGGGCGAAAGUCUGUGGAACUCCUAUUUCCUAUGCGUUAUGUUUAGGUACGCCCUCAUCCUGAACAUCACAUGGUGUGUGAAUAGUGCGGCACAUUUGUGGGGCAAAAAGCCGUACGAUAAGUCAAUAAAUCCAGUCGAGUGUGUGAUUCGUCACGUAAUGUUUGGCGAGGGAUUUCAUAACUAUCACCAUACUUUCCCUUGGGAUUAUUCAGCUAGUGAGCUUGGUGCGUUUGACGUGUUUAACCCUGCUACCAUGUUCAUCGACUUCUGGGCCUACUUUGGACAGGCAUACGAUUUGCGAAAAGCGUCCGACGAUGUGGUUAAGAGUCGACAGAAACGUAGCGGUGAUUUGAAUUGGAAAGGGAGCACAAAGGUCUUCGAAAUCACCACAUGCCUGGCCACUAUCGGUCUAAUGUUUGCGUCUAUGGGUGGAAAUGCCGGUACCGAAGAGUUUGGCGAAAGUCUCGCUUAUGAACGACUGUCCGCUGAAAGUAUUGGUAGUGAAACACCGGACGCCGUGUUUAGGGGACAGUAUUCAAGGACCGGAUACGAGGAAAUGUUUGACGAGUUGUCUGAUACACCGGGAAUUUCCGACAAACAGGGAAUAUUUUGGGAGCCAAAGGUUCGCUGUAGUGUUACCACAAUGACCCAGUCUACAGCCACUGAGACCGAAACCGGUAAUAAUAAUAAUGAAAUUGGUUUCAAAAACGGCACAGAAAUCGAUGCCAAACCAAAACCCGAAUACAAACUUGAAUUGGUCUGGCGCAAUAUAAUACUGAUGACUAUAGUACAUUUAUCAGCUAUUUAUGGUAUAUACCGGGGUGUUUUCUACGCCAAACCGAUGACCAUUUACUUCAUGUAUCUGUUGGGUCUCCUUUCAUCAUUUGGUGUUCAGUGUGGGGCGCAUAGGUUGUGGUGCCACCGGACCUAUAAGGCCAAACUGCCCCUUCAGAUACUGUUGGCAUUCAUGCAUAUACUGGCCCUCGAGAACGACAUUUACGAGACCCAGUCAUUAGCCAUUGAAACCCAUACCUCUAAUAAUAAUAAUGAAAUUGGUUUCAAAAAUGGCACUGAAAUCGAUGCCAAACCAAAACCUGAAUACAAACUUGAAUUGGUCUGGCGCAAUGUAAUACUUAUGAUUAUAGUGCACCUGUCGGGUCUCUAUGGUUUAUACCUGGGUAUGUUUUUUGCCAAACCGACGACCGUUUAUUUCAUGUUUUUCGUGGCACUGCUUUCAUCAUUUGGUAUUCAGUGUGGGGCGCAUAGGUUGUGGUGCCACCGGACCUAUAAGGCCAAACUGCCCCUUCAGAUAUUGUUGGCUUUCAUGCAUAUACUGGCCCUCGAGAACGACAUUUACGAGUGGAGUCGCGACCAUCGCGUGCACCACAAGUACUCCGAGACGGACGCCGACCCACACAACGCCAAAAGGGGUUUCUUUUUCGCGCACGUGGGUUGGCUACUGUGUCGCAAGCACCCGGAGGUACUCGAAAAGGGCAAAACCAUAGACAUGAGCGACCUGGACAGGGAUCCGCUUAUUAAAUUUCAGCGCCGUUUCUACAUACCAUUGGUCGCUCUGAUAUGGGGUGCGUUCCCCACAUACGUGCCCUACUACUUGUGGGGCGAAAGCCUACUGAACUCCUAUUUCCUAUGCGUUAUGUUCAGGUAUGCCCUCACACUCAACAUAACCUGGUGUGUGAAUAGUGCGGCACAUUUGUGGGGCAACAAGCCGUACGAUAAGUCCAUAAAUCCGGUUGAAUGUACAAUACGUCACGUAAUGUUUGGCGAGGGCUUUCACAACUACCACCACACAUUCCCCUGGGACUAUUCAGCGAGUGAGUUUGGGGCUUUGGACGUGUUUAACCCUGCUACCAUGUUCAUCGACUUCUGGGCCUACUUUGGUCAGGCGUAUGAUUUGCGGAAAGCAUCCGACGAUGUGGUCAAAAGUCGAGUGAAACGGAGCGGCGAUUUGGGAUGGAAAAAGAGUACAAAGGUGUUUGAAAUACUCACAGCCGUGGCCACUAUGAGUGCAAUGUUCUCUCCCUUUCUCAUCAGUUAUGCCUUUAGAAAGGUCGGCCUAAUGCAGUAGAUGUGCGAGUGGUUUGUUUGAAUCAAUUAAUAAAGAUAUG